UUCAUUGAGAAAAGGAGAAAACUUUACAAGACGUAAACGUCGUCGUUUAGAGUGAGAAAGAGAGUGAGAGAUGCGUAGAUUCUCUACCAUAGUCGAUCGUUUGAUCAGCAAACGCUAUAUUCUCUUACCAACCUCUCAAGGAACUUCACGAAUCGAUUUCAUCUGCAAAAGGUUUCACAUUUCUAAAGUUCUCAAAUACGAUUUCGUGGAGUCGGCGGAGAGGAUCAACGGGGCUGGUUUAGUUUGUCCAGAGAAGAGGCAGCAGGAGGAUGAAUUCGCCGGUGACGUCGAGAAGAUAUACAGAAUCCUGCGGAAUUACCAUUCUAGGGUUCCGAAGCUGGAGCUUGUUCUUCACGAAUCCGGCAUCAAUCUGCGACCCGGGUUAAUCGUGCGAGUGCUGAGUCGGUGUGGCGAUGCUGGGAAUCUAGGUUACAGAUUCUUUCUCUGGGCAGCGAAGCAACCUGGUUACUGUCACAGCUACGAAGUGUGCAAAUCGAUGGUGAAGAUUCUUAGUAAAAUGCGGCAAUUCGGAGCGGUUUGGGCAUUAAUCGAAGAGAUGAGGAAAGAGAAUCCGCAGUUGAUUGAGCCGGAAUUGUUCGUUGUACUGAUGAGGAGGUUUGCUUCUGCUAAUAUGGUGAAGAAAGCAGUAGAAGUGCUCGACGAAAUGCCUAAGUAUGGUAUAGAGCCUGACGAGUAUAUCUUCGGCUGCUUGUUAGACGCCUUGUGUAAGAACGGUAGUGUUAAGGAUGCUUCAAAGCUUUUCGAGGAUAUGAGAGACAAGUUUCCUCCGAAUCUUCGGUAUUUCACUUCGUUGUUGUAUGGUUGGUGCAGGGAAGGGAAGUUGAUAGAAGCUAAACAUGUUUUGGUUCAGAUGAAGGAAGCAGGGCUUGAGCCAGACAUUGUGGUUUUCACAAACUUGCUAAGUGGGUAUGCUCAUGCUGGUAAAAUGGCGGAUGCUUAUGAUCUUAUGAAGGAUAUGAGAAGGAGAGGUUAUGAGCCGAAUGCUAAUUGCUACACGGUUUUGAUCCAGGCGUUGUGUAAGAUGGAGAAGAGAAUGGAUGAGGCCAUGAGGGUUUUUGUUGAGAUGGAAAGGUAUGGUUGUGAGGCUGAUAUAGUGACUUACACCGCACUGAUAAGUGGGUUUUGCAAAUGGGGAAUGAUCGAUAAAGGUUAUAGUGUUUUAGAUGAUAUGAGGAAGAAAGGAGUUAUGCCGUUGCAAGUAACUUAUAUGCAGAUAAUGGUGGCUCAUGAGAAGAAAGAACAAUUUGAAGAGUGUUUGGAUUUGAUUGAGAAGAUGAAGCAAAAUGGUUGUCUUCCUGAUCUUCUCAUUUACAAUGUAGUGAUCAGAUUGGCCUGCAAGUUAGGAGAAGUGAAAGAAGCUGUUCGGUUAUGGAAUGAAAUGGAAGCUAAUGGUUUAAGCCCUGGAGUUGAUACGUUUGUUAUUAUGAUCAACGGAUUUGCAAGCCAAGGUUGUCUAAUCGAAGCCUGCGAUCACUUUAAAGAAAUGGUAAGCCGAGGAAUAUUCUCUGCGCCUCAUUAUGGAACGUUGAAGAUAUUGCUGAAUACUCUUGUUAGAGAUGAUAAGCUGGAAAUGGCGAAAGACGUUUGGAGUUGCUUAUCAAACAAAAGCUCUUCUUGUGAGCUGAAUGUAUCAGCUUGGACGAUAUGGAUCCAUGCUUUGUUCGCGAGAGGUCAUGUGAAGGAGGCAUGUUCGUAUUGUCUGGAUAUGAUGGAGAUGGACUUGAUGCCGCAGCCUGAUACUUAUGCGAAACUUAUGAAAGGAUUGAAUAAACUGUAUAAUAGGACGAUCGCUGCAGAGAUAACAGAGAAAGUGAGGAAGAUGGCAAGUGAGAGAGAGAUGAGUUUUAAGAUGUAUAAGAGGAGAGGUGAGGAGGAUUUGAUUGAGAAAGCUAAACCUAAAGGGAAUAAAGAAGGGAAGAAGAAGAAGACAGCUCAUCUUCAUAAGCAUAAAUGGAGAGUGUCUCUAGCUCGUGACCGUCUUAGGUCCAAAGCACCAUUAUCGUCUUCUCCUACUUCGUCUUCUUUUACCUUUCGUGUCCUCUCUUCUCCGUUUUCUUCGAAGCGGCAUGCGCCCAAGGCGAGUAAAGAAGAAGAGCCGCCUUUAAAAGAAUCCGUUUUGCUGUACCCGAAAGAUCCGUCGAGCACACCUAAGCUCUUCCUUGUCCAGCCUCGUCUUUCGCCGCCUAAGUUUCUGCAGGCGAAGCUGAACGAAGCGCUCUGCCUCGCGAAUUCGCUUGAAGAACAGAGACAUGGGUACUUCGAAUCUGAUUUCUUCGACAAGGAAUUGCCUUCUCAUGUUGUUGUCCAAAACCCUGUUGCUAGAUCGCCUAAAGCUCACGUAGAUACUUAUUUCGGGUCUGGGACUGUAGACAACAUCAAGUGCCAUCUAAAUGCUGAAGAUUCCAAGGAAGAAGUUGAUGCUGUUUUUGUCAACGCCAUUUUGUCAGCUGUUCAACAACGAAAUUUGGAGAGAAUAUGGGAAAAACCUGUACUAGACCGUGUAGGCCUUAUAAUCGAAAUAUUUAAUGCUCAUGCGCAUACCAAGGAAGCAAAACUUCAGGCUGAGUUAGCAGCUCUGAUGUACAAAAGGAGCAGGCUGGUUCGAGUGCGUGGUACUGAUGGAAAACAGACUUUUGGGCAGUUUGGAGAAGCUGAAGUUGUUAGUGCCCGAGGGAGAGCAGCAAGUAAGGGAUCUGGUUUCGUAGGUGGUGCAGGAGAAACUGAGCUUCAGCUUCAGCGCCGAAGAAUAUCAGACCGGAAGCUUCGCUUGUUAUCCCAAAUUAAAGAUGCCAGACGAACACGGCUAUUGCAGCGAGCUGCGCGUAGGAGACAAGGUGGUUUAGAGGGUAAAAGUUUAGCCACCAUUGCUGUCGUUGGUUACACCAAUGCUGGAAAAUCAACUCUGACAAGUGCUUUAACAAGGACUGCUCUCUACUGCAAUGAGCGAUUGUUUGCCACUUUAGAUCCUACACUCAAAAGUGCCAUCCUUCCUUCUCGAAGGAAAGUGCUUCUUAGUGACACUGUUGGAUUCAUAUCAGAUCUGCCUAUACAGUUGGUGGAAGCAUUUCAAUCGACUUUGGAAGAAGUUGUAGAAGCUGAUCUACUUCUGCAUGUAGUUGAUUCAACGGCUCCAAAUAUCGAGGAGCAUCGUUCAACAGUGUUUCAUGUCCUUAAUCAAAUUGGAGUACCAGAAGAGAAGCUUAAAAAUAUGAUUGAAGUCUGGAAUAAAAUUGAUUAUGAAGAAGAAGAAGAGCAAGUGGAAGACAUGCAUUAUCUAGAUGAUGGCAAAGGAGAAGAAGAAGAAGAAGAAGCAGCUGAGUUAAUCGACGGUUCAAUAGCUGAAGAAACUUUGGAAGCAUCUGAAGCAGCAGUUGAGGAAGACCAAAUUGAAAACCAAGAAGAUGACUCUGAUGGAUGGCUAUUGUCUGAUGAAAAUGUCAGUGACUCUGAGCUCUGGAAAGUUCCAGAAGAUGCUAAACUAGUUGCUGCACAGAAGAAUGGACCAGAUGUCAGAGUCUCUGCAUUGACCGGAGUUGGUCUGAAGGAAUUGAUGUAUCUUAUUGAUGAGAGAUUGAAAGGUGAAGAUGAUAAGCUUAGGUCUCAGACAGUAGUUGAAAGGAGCGAGCUUCAGAGCCGUAAAUGGAGACCACCUCGUAAAGAUGAUGAAGAGUUAGCCGUUGAACAAUAGUUUUGUCUGUCAAAUUGCUUCUGUUGAAUUACAAUGAAGUUGAGGACUUUGUGUAUUUUCUUUUUAAUAAAACAGAACUACAGAAGUGUAUGCCGUUUACGUGUUAAAACGGCAAGAGGUUUGUUAAGAAUUGUUAAAUGGCCGUCAAUGCGACGUCGUUUUCAGCACA